CUUUUGUAUAUCUUCCUGCUAUGUCGCACUUUGCGGACUACUUUGACACUGUGCCUUCUGCAUCUCCUACUUACUCAUUUAAAAGUUAUUUGUCACAUAUCAAAGCAAAACAACAUAUUCUCAGCGAAGACAUGUUAGAUUUAUAUCUGCAAUGGUAUAAAACGGAUUUAUCGAUUAUGACAGAAAAAAUCAUUGGUCGACGACAUCGGAAUACUGUUCAUAAUGCACUGGCUUCAGCGAAGAAACUGACACCAGGGGAAGCUCGAUCAAUCUUAGCAGAAAUCAAUCAGGCAGAAAGAUCGACGACAAUAAAUAAAUAUAUCAUAAAAUCAAACAACGGUAUAGCCGGCAGUGUGAAAUAUGCUUCUUUCUCACAGCAACCACAACAACAAGUUGAAGAAGAAGAAGGAGAACAACAACAACAACAACAACAACAACAACAACAACAACAACAACAACAACAACAACAACAACAACAACAACAACAACAACAACAACAACAACAACAACAACACGAACAACAACAACAACAACAAAAACAACAAAAACAACAAAAACAACAAGAUAUUAGCAAGGAUAUCUCUGGGCCUGAAACGGCGAAAAGAAAUGGAAAAAGGCGGCAAGAUGAUAUCAACGAUGGCAAGGACGACUCGGAUAACAACAAUAAUAACAAUGAUACCAAUGACGAUGAUGGUUAUGAUAUUUUCCUGAACGAAAACAACAUUCUUCGACUACAGAAAAAGAAUAAAACAUACAAUGCAAUCAUUCCUCAAAUCCAUCUCAUCUCACCGCACAAACCUCACCUACAAAACGACGACUUCUGCAAGCUGAAAUCAAACUUCGAUAUCCUUCUUUCGGAAGAUCAAUCAUCAUCAUCAUCAUCAUCAGCAACGCCAUACAGUCAACAACUCUAUAAGAUAAACAGGGAACAGCAAGCUCGAAACCAAAGUUUGAAUGACGCCCCCGGAACAAUGGAAUUUUUGGUUGCAGCGUUGAAACAGCCACUAGACAAUAUCCGCCAAUACGUUUGGUCAAACGGAUAUAAUGAAAACAAGGAAGAAUCUAUGAACAAUGAAAUGAUUAGACACAUUCUCACUGAUUUCUAUAUCAAUUGUAAUAUCACCAUUGAUAACAAUUCAACAGCAACAGCAGCGAAUGAAAGGACCCCAUUCUCCGAACAUCUCAUACCAAUCUUCAAGGUUUUUGCAGGCAUCACCCAUCUCAUGAAAUUUACCUGGUGCGAAAAAGGUCUGGUAUCCAACCGCCUAUUAUCAUUAUGUCUCCCGAACAAGAUUAUGCUCCGGUCCCUACUGGAUGGAAUCGGUAUAUCUAUUAAAGACAGUGUUGAGCGGCUGUUAAUAGAAUCAUCAGGCGAUGAUGUGGAACAUUCAGCAGAAGAUACAAUCAAACAAAUCUGCAAUACUAGCAAUUGCCUCAAGAUGGACAUGAAGAACUACCAAACUGCUUCCUUCAAUACAUUCCGACGCCGUCAGGUCUUUGGACUGCAAUUUAUCCACGACAAAAUGACUCUCACCACUACUCGCAUCGUUGACAAAGAACGAUAUGCAUUUAUUGAAACCCGGUGUGCAAGGAUCCCAACCUCAUACAAGGAUCGCUGGAAGUGGGUCAAGGUUUUUGAGUUACUACUGAAAUUGAAGGAAAAUGUUACUGCGUUGCUGGAACAAGAAUGUGUGGGCAUUGCCGAUGUAGGACUGACUGUCCAAGAUGCAUUGAAAUGAUCCCCUCUCCCCUUCUUCAGCUGCAUAUAUAAAUUAGUACAAUUUAUUUUUACCUUUAUUCUUACUAUCAAUGAUCCCCUCUCUGUUUCUUCUUUAAUUGUACAUAUAUAUACAUGUUAGUAUAAUUUCUCUUUCUUUUUAUCAUGAAUAGCAAUAAACAGUUGUGUUGAUGCUUGAAGUCUCUUUAUCAAAUA